AUGGUUCCAGUAACAAUCAUUCGCAAAUUCGCGCGUAAGUCAUGGAGAUACAUGGAUGCGUAUAAUAAAGAGUUAGAGGAUAGAACUGCCAAGUGGGCCGUCAAUAAAUUUAAAUCACAUCGUCGCUUGCCUGAAAUGAUUGAGAGAAUAAUGGAGGAUGAGAAUAAGGAAAGAAA